AUGCCUUCCUUCACGUACCUCACCGCGGCUCUAGCCCUUGCCAGCACUGUCAGCGCCACUCCCGUCGAGCUUCACAAGCGGAAGGCCUUCACGAUCGAGCAGGUUGAGCGCAAGACCUUCGUCAAGAACGGUCCAGUGCAGGUGGCCAAGACCCUCCGCAAGUACGGCAAGGCUGUGCCCGCGCACAUCCUCAAGGCUGCCGAGCUCGGUCCCAACAACGAUGUCUUGACUGCUGCCGCCGAGAAUGGCACCGCUCCCGCUGUGCCUGCCGACCAGUACGACUCUCUGUACCUCAGCCCGGUCACGAUUGGAAACACCACUGUCCAACUCGACUUUGACACUGGUAGCGGCGAUCUGUGGGUCUUCUCCUCGCUCCAGCCUUCGGCGCAGUUGUCCGGCCAUGACUACUACAAGGUCGACAGCUCGAAGGCGGUGUCUGGCGCCAGCUGGAGGAUCUCGUAUGGCGAUGGUUCAGGAGCCUCCGGCAAGGUGUAUGCGGACAAGGUCGUCGUUGGCGGCGUGACCGCGACGUCGCAAGCCGUUGAGGCUGCCACCUCCGUCUCUGCGCAAUUCCAGCAGGACCGGGACACUGACGGCCUGCUCGGCCUCUCCUUCAGCUCUCUCAACACCAUCAGGCCCAAUCCCCAGAAGACGUGGUUCGACACUGUGCACCAGGAUCUCGCUCAGCCCCUCUUCGCCGUCACCCUCAAGUACCACGCCGCCGGCACCUAUGACUUCGGUUUCCUCGACAGCUCCAAGUAUACGGGCGACAUCACCUACGUCAAUGUCGACACCUCCAACGGAUGGUGGGAGUUCACGGCCACCGGCUACACCGUCGGCACCGGUAGCGAGUCCACGGCGAGCAUCGACGGCAUCGCUGACACUGGUACCACGCUGCUCUACCUUCCCACCGCUGUCGUCACCGCCUACUACGCCAAGGUCGCCAACUCGCAGAACUCGAACACCUAUGGCGGCUACGUGUUCCCCUGCAGCGCUUCCCUCCCCGACUUCUCGCUCACCGUUGGCGGCGUCAAGCAGAAGAUCCCGGGCAAGUACAUGAACUACGCUCCUGUCGAGACUGGUUCCUCGACCUGCUACGGCGGCAUCCAGACCAACGAGGGCAUCGGCUUCAGCAUCUUCGGCGACAUCUUCCUCAAGAGCAAGUAUGUUGUUCACGAGAUGAGCUCGACGCCUCGCAUUGGAUUCGCAGACCAGCCUAACUUGUAA